AUGUCAGAUAGUUCUCAUGUAAAAAUUCCAAUCGAGGCAAAUAAAAAAAUUUCGGAAAUUGUCUGCUCGCCUAACUUAAAAUAUGUUGCUUCAUUAGACGAAAACGGCAAUAUUAGUCUUUGGCCUAUUAUUGGUCAAAAGCAAUCUUUAGAGAAUGAAAAAACAAUCAAUAUUGGCAAUAUUUACACAAAAAAUG